AUGUCGGAUGACCUCACUUGUCGUGAGGAUAUCCCUCUAUCCUUAUUUGAUGACGUCGAGAAUGCUAAAGUUCCAGAGAAAAGAACUUCUAAUCCAGGAAAUCCUAUAUUACUUACCUCAACAACUACUCCUACUUCAUCUGGUACUCCAAAUGUAAUAAGAUUUCAACCAGAUAGUCGUAUUACAUACAGCAGAAAUAAUGAUAAUACUUUUACAACUUAUCGCAAACCGCCAUUUUCUCAUAUGACAAGGCAUGGUGUUAUACCUCCUGUUGUCAUGCCAAGAACAAUACCAAGAGAUUCAGGCUCUGAGAAUGGACUUGAAUUAAGACCAUCUCAAAUUCAACAAUCAAAUAGUAGUUUUUCAACAACGAUAAAACCACUUGGUAAUAAUGCAGCACCAUUCUUUCCACCAAAAAGAGAAUUUGACUCAAGACAAGUGUUGAAUAGAAGUGUUUCAGGUGGUAUGACAAUACAGAAUCCAUUACAAUCACCAGGUCAACAUGUAACUACAGUCAUUCAACCAACAUCAAAAAUUUACAAAACUAUAAGUGAUGGUCAAGGAAGAAUGAUAACUCGAGUUAAUGUCCCAAAGAUAAGUAGAAUUACACAAUUAAAUACUAAUCCACAAGUUACAAGAACUGUUAUUCCAAUAAGACAAACUACAAGUGGACAAAUUUCACGUCCAAAUAUUUUACGUGCUACUAAAAUUCAAGCUACUGCUGCACGUAAUUUACAACAAAGAACACCUAGUAUAUCUGAACAAAAACCAACUACAACCGAUUCAAAAUUAAUUGAUAAUGGACUUAUUAAAUCAACUGAUCAAAAAAGCGAUGCUAAAGUGGAGACUAAAACUGUUCUCCAUGUUACAGAUAUACGUAAUGGUGCACCACAAGUUAUAACUCCACAAUCAACAGUAAUAAUUUCAUGUGGACUACCAGGUACACAAUCAUCUCAACAAUCAUCAACAACUCCAAUUGUAAGAAAAAGAGGUCGUAAACAAGAGAUAUUAAAAGACGAUAGUUGCCAUAUUGGUCCUCCUGUCACAAAUAUUGUAGUUGCAAAUCCAAUUAUUGUAAAACCAGUAUUUAAUGAUGGACAACAACCAAAUGAAGGUGAACCAAAAACAAGAAGACGUGGUGGUGGUAGAAAAAAGAAAAUUGAUAGUGAAAAUUUAGUUGUUAAAGAACCACCAAAAAAGCGUGGUAGAAAAAAUGAAGCAAAUUGUGUAGAUAAGGUUAAUGAAUCUGAGACUGUUCCUAUUACAGUUCAAAUAAAUAAUCAAAUUGAUGAUUCAAAUAAAAAAGUUGAUAUAUCUAAAGACGAUCUUAUUCAAGAAAGUAUUGAUGCAUUAUUUUCAUCACCUGUUCAACCAUUUUUGGGAAAACUAAAUACAACAAGUAGUGGACAAGCAUCAAAUGAAAUAGGAAAGAAAGGAAGAACAGCAAAAACUCCAAGAGUUCCAAAACAACCUAAAACACCUAGAGUUCCAAGAGAAAGUAAAAAAGAUAAAGAACAAAAUGAAAAUAAAGAUGUAAAAUCUAUAAAAACUACAAGAAGUAGAAAACUACCAAAUGAAAAACAAGUUACACCCCAAACACAAGUAAUUUUAGUAACUACAAAUGAAAAAAAAAUUAUUACUCCUAAAGUUCCUUUAAAUACUUCUCUUCUUGGCAAAACAACUCAAGUUAAAAGUGAUAAUAAAUCAAAGGAUUUGGAAAUAGUGAAAAAUAAGGUUGUAAUAAAUAAAUGCGAUGGAAAAAAACGUUUACCUCAGACAAAUUUGCAAAAUAAUAGUAACAAUCAAUCUUCAAAAACAACAUCAUUAAAAGAUUUAAGAGUGAUGCAAUUACUUAAAGACCACAAGGCAUCUGAACUAACAAAAAAUUUAACCAAAGAAGAUACUAACAAAAAUGAAAAGAAGAUAAAUAAAAAAAUUGUUAGAGGAAUAUUAAAUAACAGUAAAGUAGCAGAUAUUAUUGAUGAUAAUAAAGAUGUUAAAAAUGAUAACAUAAUUGUUAAAGGAAAGAAUGAUGAUGAAACACUAGAUAAGUUAUCAGAUGAUAAAAAAUCUACAACAAAUUUAAAUAAUUGUGGAAGAAAUGUACAAUUUAAAAAUGAAUCAAUUGUUUAUAAUUUAUCAGAGAAACCACGAGAAAUUUUAAAAAAAUCAAAUUUACCAUUACAUGGAAUUUUAAAAAAUAAAUCAGUAGUUAGUAGUAUUACACAAACAAUUCCGCAAAUUAAAAAUGUAUCAUUAAAUAAUUCUAAUAAUGUAAAGAUAAGAAGUAUUAUACCAGAACCAGCAAUUCCUGGACCAUCAAAUGUUAAAAUAAUUCCACCUCCUUUAAUAAAUAAUAAUACUAAAGUUAUUACAACAUCUCAAAAUAUAAAAUCAAAAGAAAUUGAUAAAAAUGUUUCAAAUAAAACGGUUGUAGAAAAAAGUUCAAUACCAAUAAAACCACCUCCUACUGUUUCUGGACCACCAGGAAUAAGUAAAAAUACUACUUCAAUUCCUUCAGAAACACAACAAAAAAAUCCUCCUUUAGCAGAUAUAAAUAAUUAUGCUAUUACAUCAAAAGAUGUUAUUGAACAUUUAUUAAAAGAGAUAUCAAAAAAAAGUGUUAGUGAAAAAUUAGAAUAUGUAAGAAUCUUUAGUAUAUAUAAUAAAAUGACAGAUGUUGAAAAGACUGCUGUUCACGCACUUUGUGAUAUGAGUAAAGGGUUAGGUAAACCAGUAAAUAAUGAUCCAUCAUAUAUUGAAAUGAUGAAAAAGAAAUGUGAGGAAAAGUUAAAGGAAAUUGCACAAAUUGAACGUGAUGAUAUGUCAACAUUGCAGAAAAAUUUACUUCAAAAGCUUAAAUAUCAAAAAUUUUUAAAUCAAUCUAAAAGAAAGUCAAAAAAAGUGAAUGAUAUAGAUAAAAGUAAGAUAAAUAAUCAUACUAAGGCAUCAAGAAAAAAUAAGCAAGAAGAUGUUAAAAAAUUAAAAGAAAAAGAAAAAAAGUUGAGAGAUAUUGUCAUGUAUACAGAUUCAAAAAAUGAAAUUUGUGAAAAAAUAUUAAAUGAAACAUUUAACAUGGUAAUGAAUGGAAAAAAAUCAACAUUUAUUGGUGGUUUUUCUGUUUCUAAACAUUGUAAAGUUAAAGCUGAUCAAAAAAUAAAACCAAAGUUAUCUAAAAGUUUUAUUAUUAAAAGAAAUAUUAUGAGAUCUAGAAGAGAAUAUAAAAAAUUAGUUCUAAAAAAGGAACAGGAAGCAUUUUUUUCAGAAGCUAAUAAUUCUAUUCAAACAACUCAAAACAAUUCAUUAUUUAGACAUAAGCGUUUAUGUAUGAAAUAUAACGAUUGUUAUGCAACAAAACCGUACUCUGUAGCAGAGGCAAAAUUUAUCAAAAAAUAUAAUUUAUCUGAAACAUUUAGAUAUAUUGAUUGUAAUCAAGUUAAAAGAUUAAUGUUUGAUUUUUUUAGAAAAAUAGAUAGUCCUUUAAAAUAUACCAAAAGAGCAUUUUUUUAUCAAUUACUUAAGAAUAAGAAAGUUUUUGGUGAAACAAAAGCUGCUAAAGAAAAAUUAAAAAUGUUAAUUGAACAUAUUAAUAAAAAAUUAAUUAAAACAAAACAAAAACCGUUUAGUUUAUUGAGUCGUUGUGAAAUUUUAAGAACAACACCUGGAAUAUUAAAAUCAAUUUUUAAACCAUUUAAAAUAUUUUCAAAAGAAAAAAGAAAAAAAAUGAAAUGUCCAGGUAUAAGUAAUUAUUUACUUAAUAGUAAAAUAAUUCAUGGUAUGGCAUGGGAACAUAUUGGUUCAUUACAUCCAGAAAGAAAACAAGGUUUAGUUGAUGAUAUUAAUAGAUUAAAAAAAAUAAUGCCUGUUGAUCAACAUUUAAUAAAUUUAUAUGAAGAACAUGUAUUAGUUGGUUUUGAAAAAUAUAAACCUGUUCCAUCAACAUUUUAUAAAGCAGUAUAUCCUAUACUUCAUCCUGAGGUAACAAAACUUUUUACACUUGUUGAUGAAGAUAUAGAUCCAAAUAUAACAAAAGUAUACAAAAAUGGUCGAUGUUAUAAUGUACCUGGUGAUGAUUUUUAUUAUUCUCAUGGAUCAAUAAAGCAACGUGAAACACCACAAUAUCCACAAUUAAAUGAAUUUGCUUCCCCAACAUUAGGAAUAAAAUUAGAUGAAGAUUUUGAAAAGCUUCAAGGUAAAAUUCAAAAUAUAUUAAAGAAUGAUGAUGUUGAAAGAAUAAAUAAAUUAAGUGAUGAAGAAGUUCUUAAAACUUAUGAAUUAAAUAAACGUUCAUUUGAAGGAACAUGGCUUCACAAUUCAUGGGGAACAUUAGCUCAUUGGGGUGAGGUUGUUGCUGGUGCCUGUGUCAAGGCAGAUGUUGCUGAAGCUGAAGCAUUAAAAACAUGGUUAAAUGCAUAUGUAAAAUAUCUAACAUUUCGUAAUGAUGUCUAUUCAACAGGAAGGAGAACUUUUCCACAAUUACAAUUACAAAGAAUUGGUGGUGAUGCACCUGAAGAUAGUAUAUUAGAAUUUGCAGAGUGCCAUCAAAUUAAUUAUGGAUCAUUUGGACCUGAAUGGAAAUGUAAAGAUAAUCAUAAAAAAGAUUUAGAAGUUAGUUCUUUUAUUGUAUCAUGUGAAGGUUAUGAUAAUGAAAAUGAUCAAUAUAUUCUUGAUGGAAGUUGUGUUCUUAAAUAUGAACUUGACAAACGUACAAUUAUGGAUGAAAAUGAAAAUGAUGCGUUUUAUUUUUGGAUAUUUAUGUUAUUUGUAGUUGGUUGUAUUAUAUUAACAAUAUUUUUUAGAAAACAUUCCAAUAGAGAAAUAAGAAAUAGUGAAACAAGUAAUUUAAGUAGUGGUUAUUUAAAUAGGAUGGAUGAAUAUUUUGGUGGAAGACCUUACACGGAUUUGUCUUAUCAACAACGAUUAAUUAAUAAUCAUUAUUCAAAUGAUUAUAUAGGUAGUGCUAAUAUGGAAUGGCCAUGUGUUGGGCAAUCAUCAAAUAGAUAA